GUGGGGUAAAGGAGACACAGAGAGAUAGAGAGAAGAGUGUAGUCUAAGAGAAACCAAACGCAAAAAUAAAAAAAAAAAGCAACCGAAAUGAGCGGAGCCACGACGGCGGUGUAUUUAGCUCGAAGAGCGGCGCAAAAGGAGAGGGUCCGGAUCCUCUACCGCUGUGCCCUCAAAGACACCCUCAACUGGGCCGUCCAUCGCCAUAUCUUCUAUCAAGAUGCCUCUGACCUUCGCGAGAAAUUCGAAGCCAACAAGCAUGUGGAAGAUCUUGACACAAUUGACAAAAUGAUAGCUGCAGGUGAAGCAACUUAUGAUAAGUGGAGGCAUCCUGAUCCUUAUAUAGUUCCUUGGGCUCCUGGCGGUUCCAAGUUUACUCGAAACCCUUUCCCACCUUCUGGGAUUGAGAUUGUGUAUGAUUAUGGUCGAGAAGAGAAUGAUUAAGACAUCCAUCUUUUCAUAUCCCAAGCAAUAAAGGCAGGUCUAAUGGAUCCUUGAGUGUGUAACAAGGGAUCUUGGACAGCGACUACUUUCCAAUCUUUCAACUGAGAUAAGACUUCUAUUAACAUUCAUGUUGAUAUUUCUUUGUGUCUGGUCUUUUGUGUAAUAAAAGAUCACUGGUCGGAAUAUAGGUACUAGAAUGCUUGUUGACUUGGUACAGAAUUACAAUCUUUAAUCUUUCUUCUGACAAACUAUUUUUCUUUAAAUUAUAUAUGCCGUUGUUCGUCA